AAAUUUUAUGUUGUCCAGUGGUGUAAAACAUACUCAAACUCUGGAGGAUGCUUAGUAAUGUUUAAUUGUUCAAUUUACAUAAUUAACUUGGUUGGUGAUGUGCUAAUUGUCAGAUCGUGGUUAAUUGCAAAGUUUCUGGCAAUUUUCACUUAAAUUUCUGGUAGGAUGAUUGAAUUGCAGGAUGAAUAGUUAGAUGAAUCUAUUAUUUAAUUUUUGCAUCUUAGUAAGUUAGGCAUGCUGCAUGCAGAUUCAAAGAUAGAUAUGGAUUCAAUUACAUACUAAUACAUCUAUAAUUUAUGUUAUAAGUAAAACUUAAACUGUUGAGUUGUCCAAUUGUGCUUCUGUUGUUUUACUUUGAAGCAAAAGUAAGUUGAUCAGUCUCUUAUUGUCCAGGGGAGGGAUGGAAUGGAGCACCAAUGUCAGCUUCAUAUUGUGAGACCUUCGUUCUUUUCCUGGCAUUUCUUAAUAGCCCCUGUUUUCUUUUUUGACUAAUGGCCUGUGUAUAUAUUAAUUACUGUAGGACUCGAAAUCGAGGGCACCCGAAUUUAUUCCUGCUAAAAUAACUUCACUACCUGAUGAGAUCAUUCUCCUUGUAUUGUCAAAACUUGACACUAAGUCAGCUGUUGCACUCUGCACUUGAUCCAGGAGAUGGAUAAAUCUUCCCCUCCUAAGUCGUUACAUAUUCUAACACGAAAUUCAAUGAACUUAGGUACGUAACCUUCGUGAAAAUAAGAGAGAGUGAAAAAAGUAUACUAACAUAACUAGUUCUAUUAUUAGAAUGUGAGUUUCCAGUGUUAGAUUUUACGAGUAUAGCAUUUUCCGACAAAGAGAGAGACCACAGACCAUUGAAGUUGUCGAUAAAAUUGCACACUGUCUCCCGAUUUUGCACAUUCUCUACAAUAAGAAUUUGCACUCUAACAAGAAACUUAAGUUUCUUCAUCAAACUGAACUCAAGCGACUUACUUAAGUAAUUAAAAAUUUUUAGUUUCGGCGCAUCAAUGGAAAGCUUAGUGUCUAACAUAUCAUCAUAACCAAAUUUGAAUUUUUUUUUUUUUUUUUUAAGGUUUUGCAUGGUAAUAUAAAAAACUUUUAUGUGUCUCAAUGAACCAGAUAAGGAAAAUGUGUUCCAGUGAAUUAGAUAAGGACAACUCUUCCAGAGAUUUACAACCUGCGAAGAACCGUCUCAUUAAAUCAUUAUCAACAGCACUUGAAGUGUUGAAAUUUAGAAGACAUUGUUUUUGAUGUCCUCGAAGUUGUAUCCUUACUUAAUUUGAAAUGGUUUCACUCUGUAGAUUUAAUGCAUAUCAAGGAAUCCUUUUUUUUCUUGAGCCUGAAAUAAAGGAUUCUUUUGAAAUGCAAAGAAUAGUUCAUUCUAAGUUAAAGGAUAAGAGACCUUCGAGUUCUACCAUUGAACUAAUAGCCAGUCGUGCGAGCCUCCCAUUGGGGGCUCGCUAUGCCAAAAGUGAGAGGAAUCCCAUCCCUUUCUUUCCUUUUUUGGCCCCCAUGUCGCUACACGGAGGGACAUGAGGACGUAGAAAAGGAGAUCCUAUUAACUUGUUCCGACCUAAGAUUAUAAGCUCAUUAAUUUUACAGAGUGGAACACCUUUAGAUUAAGUAAGGAUACAACGUUGGGGACAUAAAAAACAAUAUGUCAUUUAUGUUUCAGCAUCUCAAGUGCUGUUGAUAGUGAUUCAAUGAGAUGAUUCUUCACAGGUUGUAAAUUUGUGGAGGAAUUAUUAUCUGGUUCAUUGGGACACAUAAAAGUUUUUGAUAUUGCCAUAUAAAACCUUAAAAAGAUUAUUUUCAAAUCUGGUUAUGUCAGACAUUAAACUUUCUAUUAAUGCGCCGAAAGUAGAAAUUUUAAAUUACCUAGGUAAAAUCCCUUGAGUUCAACUUGAUGAAGAAAUUUAAGUUUCUUUUCAGAGUGCAAAUUUUUAUUGUAGAGAAUAUGCAAGAUCGAGAGACAGUUUGCAAUUUUAUUGACAGCUUCAGCGGUGUGAAGUCUUUUUCUUUGUCAGAAGAUGCUAUAUUAAUAAAAUCGAAUGCUGAAAACUCAUAUUCUAAUAAUAAAAUUAGUUAUGUUAGUAUAUUUUUCUCACUCUCUUUUAUUUUCACGAAGGCUACGUACUCAAGUCUAUUGAAUUCUGUGUUAGAAUAUGUGACGACUUUGGAGUUGGCGAUUGCUGAUUCCAUAAUAGUGCGGGGCAUCCUUGGAAGUGCUUCCCAACUUAAAGAGCUGAUCAUUCAUUCACAUGCUUACUUAAGCACUCGGGCAUCUACUCCAGCAUGGGAUGUAGCUCUAUAUCGUUCGCCAGACACCGUGUCAUCGUGUUUGGUAGAACACCUUAGGAGGAUUGAAUUUUCCAUAUUCAGUGAUAAACCGCAUGAUAUUCUGCUGAUAGAGUACUUUCUAAGGCAUGGGAAGAUGCUGAAAAGAUGGUAUUUUCUGGACUGCAAGGCAUAGCUCCAUAUAUUCUAACAUUCAAAGAAAAAAUUGAAGGAUUCAGUAAAUGUUCAGAGUGCAUGUUUGAUUACAAAAAUCUAUAGGAAAUUAGAACGACUACAUUUCAAAUAUUCCGUAACGAUCAAGAACAUACAUAUAUGGCAUGUUUUUUGGGCAAAGUAUUUUUUUUCCCCUGAAUAUUGACUGAAGAGUUUUACUCAA